AUGGUUGACAAGGCGCCUCCAAGCAAGAGACAGCGCACCAAUGCCGGCGGCAAGGCGAAAGGCAACAAGGAAUCCGGAUCCAAGGCCACCGGAGGAACCAGGCAUGCGUUGACCAGCAUCGCAGCGCAACAGCCUUCGCAGAUGCUCAGGGCUCUCGAGCGGACCGAUCGGCAGUUCUGGAAGGAGACCACGGAAGCCCAGCUAUCUCAGCACGCCACAGACAAGACGACCUGGCGCUCCGUAAAGCGCAGCCUCGCGAAGCAUGAGAUUAGUACCCUGGCCCUGAAUGAAGUGGCUGCCAAACACGGCAAGGGCAUGUUCUUCUACUUGCCUUCGAGAGAUGUGUGGAAGCCGGCAGCGAACGAGACUUUGGCGCCAGCAUGUAGAAAUGCACCGCCUCCGGGAUCCCAAUAUCCGUCGAUCGUGUUCGCCAACUGCCAAUGGAACGAUGCUUCCACUCGCGACUUCUACCGCAACACCCACCGGGCUCGUUAUCUGAAAGCCAAUGCCCUCUUGAGCGCGCUUCCAGAAGCAACACCUCUGUACGCGAUUCAAUAUGUUCACCACGCCGACUUCCUCCUCUUUGCAACGCCACGGGAAUCGCUAGUCGUGUUCGCCACGCGCGACUCGUUCUAUCUCACAACCACGCAUUCCAUCGGCCGGAAGCAGGGCCGGGUAAGAGGCGGCGUCGAGCCGGAGAGCAGGCUAGAGGUCCCAAGAUCGCUAUGGGGCGAGGGAGAUGUGCAAGGAAGCUUCAACAAGGUCGGCACACUCGAGGAGCUGUAUCUGCGUAUAUCGAGCGACUGUGCAUUAAUCGCCGGCCGCGUUAACCCCACCAUCUCUAAGGGAGAAUUGUCGGCGAUCGUUCCGCGUCCAGUAGCACCGGACGAAAACCUGACGGCCGUAGCACUGGGCACGCCGUUCACCGGGGACGGAUAUAUCAAGACGGAGCCGAUCAGGAAGCGCAAAGGAGUGAGGAGCGGGAAAGAUCAGGGAGAGGAGGAGUUGACCUGA